GCCGCCAUGGAUAUCCUCUACUCACUGGGACACCCUGAGGAGAUAUACAACCUGUUCAGGUUCAAAAUGGGCGGCUGCCGGGCAGUGAUGCCCAAACUAAACCGGAACACAAUGAGCGAGAGCCUCCAGGCCUGUUAUAGGUAUAUGAAUGAGACCAGCCGGAGCUAUUCUGCUGUGAUCCAGACUCUGGACGGGGAGCUAAGAAAACCAGUUUGUAUUACAUAUCUAAUUACCCGGGCUCUGGACACGGUGGAAGAUGAUAUGACCAUCAAGUUGGAAACAAAGAUCCUAAUUUUACAGAAUUUACACACCUACCUGUAUGACCCCAAAUGGAAAUUCACCAAAAGCAAAGAGAAACACCGACAGGUGCUGGAGAACUUUCCAAUGAUCUCGUUGGAGUUUCGUAACUUAGCCGCGGUUUACCAAGAGAUCAUUGUGGAUAUGUGCAAUAAGAUUGGAGAGUAUAUGGCAGAUUUCUUGGAGAAGGAGAUCGAUUCUCUGAAGGACUGGGAAAAAUACUGUUACUGUGUUGGUGGUCUGCUGGGAGUUGCCUUGUCUCGUAUUUUAUCUGCAUCAGAACUGGAAGAUCCUAUAGUUGGCCAGGACACACAGCUUGCAGUUUCCAUGGGUCUCUUUCUGCAGAAAACCAACAACAUCCGUGACUACCUGGAAGACCAACUGAAUGGCCAAGGGUUCUGGCCAAGAGAGGUGUGGAGUAAGUACGGGAAGAAGCUCUCAGAUUUGGCAAAGCCAGAGAACAUUGAGCCAGCCGUGCAGUGUCUGAACAAACUCAUUACCAAUGCCUUGCAGCACGUUCCAGAUGUGUUAACUUACCUGUCCCGGCUUAAAAACCAGAGCGUUUUCAACUUCUGCGCCAUCCCUCAGGUAAUGGCCAUAGCCACCCUAGCUGCAUGCUACAACAACCAGCAAGUGUUUAAAGGAGUUGUGAAAAUCCGCAAGGGCCAGGCAGUGACUCUAAUGAUGAAUACCACAAACAUAGAAGCUGUGAAGGCCACCAUGUUCCAGUAUACUGAAGAGAUCCGUCAGAAAAUCCCCCCUGGAGACCCCUCAUUAGAAGAGACCCAGCAAAGAGUUCUUUCCAUCCAGAACCUGUGCGUUCCCCAUGGUUCCUCAGGGCUGAGUAACCAUUUAUCCAGCAUUCAUCUACUCUAUGGUGUGAUUUUGGCGGUGCUCGGCUACCAGUACCUGAGCCAUGUGUCUGUCUCAUUCUGUCUCAUUCUGUGGGAGUCUGACCAUGUGGAUGAUUUUCUCAAUGGAUUUACAAAUGUCGGAGAGGAGGAAUCCAUUGUGGAGAACAUAAAGUGCAUUGUUUGUUAUAAGCACUCUCUGAUUCUACACAGAACUCGAUGA